CGCACAUAAGUACUCGAUAGCUGAUUACUGAUAUCGUAACAAAGAAAGAAUCACUAAAAGUGAUUUCAGCAAGCAAUCUACUUAUAUUUACAAAACAAAAAAUUGAAAUGUCUGGAGCUGGUGAAGAAUUUCAGACUGUCACCCGUAAAAAAUGGAUAGCGCGAAAGUGCCUUAGUCGACGUAACCGUCAUAAGUCCGAAAGCGAUUAUUUAAAUGAUUGCCCCGAUGUGAAUGUGGAUCUCUUUCAAGCACGCCUAGAGCGACUUUGUGGAGAAAUGAGUCAAAGUGAUUACUUCAUCGUGACAAUGGAAACGUUGCAACAGCAAUUGGAUACGCUCAAACGGCCAUUGGAACGAAUUGUGUGCCUCGGCUUGGGACCCUUCACUCGGACCUACCAGGCUCUGCAUCAAGCUGCGUUUAUAAUAAGCGUGCAGCAACUACAUAAGAUCAAUAAGGCACUCUACUAUGAUCCUGUAUUUCGAGAAACUGAAAAGGAGUUAAUCAAACGUUUAAAUGGAACUAUUAUAAAUGAGGAUAGGGCGGGAAAGCAUGAAGCCCACGUGCCCACCCUCUUUUAUUUGCCUCAUUGCCCUUACGCCUUAAUGCACAAUUUGCUGUGGUGCAACUGGAGCAGUCAGAGCUUACCAAAUGUCUUGCUAAUUUCGAACAGUUUUGAAAUGCUAACACUGAACAGAACUCUAGCUAAGAGUAAUCCCAAAGAUCAUAUUGUCCGCAUAAUGAAUCAUUGCACGGAAGCGCCUUUAGAGGAUGAUUACGAGCAGCAAAAUGUAUUCAAUGAUUUGUCAUUACAUUGUUUUCCCAGCGAGAAACUACCAGGAACCGACAAUACAAUAUUCUGGACACGUAGUACACCUUUACCGGUGAAUGAAGAUGAGUUGCAAACGGACCUAAAUAUUGACGACGAAAUGUCUGCAUUAAGCAUAAGAUCAUAAUUGAAAUGUUAAACGUUAUGGAGUAAGCGCAGAAAUUAUAAAAUAGUACAAACUUUUUGCUCAACAAGCACAAAGCUAACAAAAGAAAUUCACGUUUUCUUCAUGGGCUUCCAUUCUUGAGAGUGCUUCACUAAAAUCUGAACACUUUCAAUUGCAUGUAUAUAAUAAGAUUGAUUCGUUUUGUGAAUCAUUUGUAAAUAACAAUAUUAUAAAAGCUAAUUAUUGUUAAAAUACUUUAGACAGAUUUGUAAUACUUUUAAUC